AAUCGGAAAAUGCAAACCCAGAAAGCGGAACAACAAUAUGGAAACUCGGUCGGACCUUUUUUGUGGACACUGUGAGGAUGGGCCCAAAUAUAAGUCAAAGAAAAGAAUAGCAAAUAAUCUGUGAACAAGUUGGAAAACCAGACAUUGAAUAUAUGUAUCAUCACAAUCCAAUAUAUCAGGUGUUUUAACGUCAUGGAAAUGUUUAGUUGAACUUAGAAGGGGCAGUUGGUCAGGAAAUUGAAAAUCCAUUUAGUGAAGACUAUCAUGAAUGCCUCCAUAUCUCUGCACAUUGGAUUGGUGCUAAUGAGUUGCGCUUUUAUCCUUCAAUUAAUUGGUUUGGUGUCACCAUUCUGGAUUUCUGUUGAUACAUCAAUUGGACAGUCAACUGCUGGCCUAUGGAAGAGUUGUGGCAGUGAUGCAUCCAGGACCAUCUGUUUCGACAGCGCCCUCUAUCUUUCUGAUGACAGCUGGCUAAAGGCAGUCCGAGGCUUGAGCAUCUUCGGGUUUAUAUCGCUUGUUGUUGCAGCAGUAAUGUCAGGAUUAAAAAUUUACCUCUUUAAGGACCAGGAACCAAUUGUACUUGUGACCUUGGGCACAGGUUUCAUUGGAGUUGUCGCCAUUUUGAUAUCAAUAGCAGUCUAUGCUGCCAAAACGAACGACAUAUACGCAGGAACGCUCUUCACCUAUAAUUUUGCGUUUGCCUUCAGCAUCUUAGGAAUGUUAACGGGAUUUGGAGCGUGUUUGAUCUUGCUGUUGGUGGUUUUGAAUGAAAAACAGCUAAUUGCUGUAUUUAAAUGACUUUUUUCUCUUUAUAUUUAUUUGUUAAAGCUAAAAACUGCCCAAUUUCUUCGAAUUGGAACAUAGUUAAAAAGCUAUCACAUGAAAUAACUAUAACUGCACUUUAAAUAUUUUCAUUAGGACAACUAGAAAUAGCUUAUAAAUUUUCGAAUCUUGAAUUUGAAAACAAUAUGUCUUCUUUGUUGUAUAUGUUAUGAUAUAGUUAAACAUAUUUCGUGAAGUUACAUGUAGUAUGUGGUAUCUGAAUUAGAAAUUUGACUGUUAGGGCUAAAGGAAAUGCUUACAACCCAAUUUCAUAUCGGAAAUAAAUUCUGUCAUA